AGCUCAGACGUGCUCAAGCAUGGCCUGGCUUCCAAGCAGUUCGAAUGGCGCGGAUAAUGCGGACGAACGCAGUACAAACAGCCACUCAAGCUCCCCAUCCUCGGCUAACAGCACAGCAGCAGGCGGCGGCGUUACUUGUGUUGGGGGCGGGAGGCGCGAGGAGAGCAACAUCAAUGGCACCACUCGACAGCCGCCAGCGCUGUUGCGUCAUGCCACACCCUAUGUACAGCCCAAGACGGAGUCCAUAUCGGAUGGAGAUGGUGAUCUAUCGGAUUUCUCGCUAAACGACACCGAGGAGGAAGACGACGAUCUGCGUGACUAUAUUGUCCUUAACGGCAGCCAAACGGACGCGAAUCGCUCCCUGUCCAACUCGCCACGCAGUGCCAGUGGCCAGAAUCUCUUUGCCAGUGGGAAUCUGGCGCCGCCGGCCAACGGCGGCAGCAGCCAAACUGGUGGACCAGGAACUGGAGCUGGUGGUGCUGGAUUGGGAGUGCUCAAUGCGGUAUCUGGCAAUGCUGGCACUGGAGGCGUGCGAAAGGUGUUCACCAACACGCGCGAGCGCUGGCGCCAGCAGAACGUGUCGGGCGCUUUUUCGGAGCUGCGCAAGCUGGUGCCCACACAUCCGCCGGACAAGAAGCUGUCGAAGAACGAGAUUCUGCGCUCAGCCAUCAAGUACAUCAAGCUCCUAUCGGGCGUACUGGAAUGGCAGGAACUGCAGACGCCUCAUUCCGACGAGCCCAACAACAACGACAAGCAGAUGACCAAUGGCCAUGCUGGCGACGCACUGCGUCAUAUCAAAUGUGAGCGCUUCGACAGGGAUACUACCCAGCGGGCUAGCACCAAUGAUUUGCUUAUGAUUGCCCCAGGUGCCCAUAUCAAAACGGAGCACGCCCAGUUGGGCAACUACGAAGAGCCGCCUAGAAUCUGCACGGCAGCUGGCACGCCUGCACCGCCAGCACUUAUACUCCACGUACCUGGACCUGUGCCCCCAGUCUCGCCCUCGCCCGUGAUUGUGCCCUUGCCCGGAAUCGCAGGUGUCUCCGUGGCGGCAUCUUUUAAGCCUGCCACAGCCAGUAGAGCAGGCAGCAGGCGGCGCCUCAAGUCAACAACAGAAUCCGCAACCAGCGAACCGAACCUCAGCCACAACCCAACCCACAGCCAGAGUAAGCGACGCAAGCCAUGAGCCAAAUGACACCAGCAACACCACCAAAAUAGAAUUGGGCAUAACAAGUCGAACCAUGUGUAAAUUAGUUAA